CAGUAGUUGUGUUUAGCAUUGUGGAAAUCAGAAAUUCUCAGCAAAAAUAGCUGCCGCUGGGUGACGGCGUUGCGGCAUGGCUGGAGGAGGCGGCAGCGGCACCGGCACUGGCACCGGCGGGCGCAAAUACUCGUGCAAGACGGCAACAGAAACUCUGGAGUGGAUCCAUGGCAUAAUAGGCUUCCUUGCCCGUUACCGAUUCUUCUUAGACGCUCACGUCGUCAAUUUCUUCAAGAAUAGACUGUGGGAAGCAGUUGAUGGAGAGUGGAUGGAUUGCCUGCGGAAAGAGCCUGUCGAGAAACUGCUGCAAAUUCCUUCUGGUAUGGUCCAGGGCUGCAGAGCUGAAACAAGGCUGAAGGCCGCAGGGCUAAAACGGGGAUGUUUGGCUGCUAACAAUGUUGUUGUCGUUGGAUUUAUGCCUUAA